AUGAAAUUGUGCAUAAAUGAAAACUAUAAUGGACGGUCUUCUUCAUAUCAAGGUAAACCAGCAUUGAGUGCAACAUCUGAUAUAACUGGAAAAGAAGAAGCCGUAACGCUGACAUGUGAAUUGCCUCAGACAUUCCUUGAAGCUCACUGCCAUUUCUACAGAGAUGACGAUUCGCAUCCAUUCAAAUCAAAGAGCUCAGAAGAUAACAAGUGUGAGUUGUCUGUGGAUGGACAUGAACUGCUAGGAGGUCGACCUACAGGGAUGGAGACUGAGGUUCAAGUGAGGUGUGACUACACUCUGAAUAUGAGCCCAGAGAUUCAUUCACAGUACAGCGAGUACAUGAGUGUAAGAGUGCUGGAUAUUCCAAAACCAGAGAUUUCUUUCUAUGAUGAAAAUAAAACUUCAGUUCUCUGUAUAGCCCCUCCCUGUUUCACUGAAGUGCUGUUCAGCUUGUAUCAGGAGGGGGCAGAAGAUUGGCCUGAGAGUAAAAAGGCUGAAAAGAAUCAAAACUUUGUUAUCUUUGAAACUUCAAGGCAUGAUGGUGAGAAGUACCAAGGCUACUGGUGCCAAUAUGAGUAUAAGGGAAUAAAAUCUCCUAGAAGUGAUCUGAUCCACACAGAUGAAGGAGAGUCUCUUGGUGCUCUUCUUAUCAGAGGAAUCUUAGCAGGGUUAUUUUUUAUUAUAAUUGCUUCACUUCACCUAUAUACCUACCUGAAGUGCAGAAACAGUUAGCAUAUUUUGGAAAGGACCAUGGAGCAUCUGAGACUAUCAUCACUAUCAGAGACUAUUUUUGCAACAGGAACCAACACUGUACUGUGGAACAGAAGUGAUAAAUAUUAAGCUACUUAUCCUAAAAAAUAAAUAAAUAAAAACUUUAUCUACAGAGCUAUAAGAACUAUUAAUAUUUAAAGAUAUUAAGAAAGCAAUGUGACCUGAAAGAUAAA